GUCAAAAAAGGGUCUUCUCGCCUGCUGUUAGCGUAAAGGAGCCGCGCUGGAGGACUGCCUGACUACUGACUACCUGGUACCUUGCUUGCCUUGUCACCCAGUCUCCAGACUUGACUCCAAGUCUUGAAUGAGACCCUUUCCGAACGGCACAAAAAACAUGGCGGCCUAUCGGCAGAAUUUUCGUUUCGAAUCGCCAGAUCCCAAUGCACAAAAAAGGCACGACCUGCCUACUUGCCUACCUACCUGCCUACCUGCCUACCUACCGAGUCGAGGGGCCAUGUCGACCCUGUAGACCCCGGCAACGUACCGUGACUAGCGCCACCGCCAUGUCAGCUCGUGCGCGCGAUCCCUUCCUCUCAGACCUCUGACCACAUCGGCAGCACACCCGUUCUGAGACCCACCGCCCACCGUGGGUUUUAUUUCCCUUACCAAGGCGCAUCAUCAGGCCCAUCCGCCCUGCCCUCACGCUUCGUCAGGCGCCAUAUUUGCAUGCCGUCAUCAUAUUAAAACCCUCAAGGUCUGAUGUCAUGUCAUGGACGAGGUCUUUGAUGUCUGUAGACCUGUCUUGGUCGCGCACAGUAUCGGUUGUGGGGUUGCUGCCCCGAAUUGCUGCACCCGGGGGUUUGGACGUAGCUACCAUCGCAAGCUACCGGAGUGCGGCAGUGGACAGCGACUGGACCUGGGUAUCUAUUGCUAGGGUAUCUAGAGUGGUCAAGCAUCAAGCCCAUUGUCUCGCUCUGUCUACCUAGAUAUGUAAGUACCAUCAUCAAGCCCCAGCCAGUGUGGAGAAAGCUUUACCCAGCAACCUAGUACGCCAAUAAAUACCGGAAGGGGUCGCCGUUGCAUGCCAGCAACCAGGGUCAAAUACAUGCCAGUACCGAGGCUAGAUUUUGGCUGUGUUUGUUUUGUGUACCGGCCAAGGAGGCGCAUCAGGCUCGACUGUGCGCGAUAUCAAAAUACCACGCCUCGGCAGCUGAUGGAGACAGGGCAGGUCCCCACGACCAGAAAGGAUCAGCGUAGCAAUUACCUGACUUUGCGACUCUGCCCUACAUCAUCUCCCUUUUUGUUCUGUUUCUUUUAUUUUUCCUCGUUUCCCUUGGGUAGAGGGAAGUCCCUGAGAAAAAUAACUGCCAGAGCUCGGGCGUGCUUCAAGGAGGACGGAUCCCACCUGGCACACGGCCCAGAUAGCUUCCCCCCCCCCUACCGCAACGCCACCUUGGUGGUAACACCCGCGCGUGGGAGGACACCCAAAGUUGGGCCAGCCUAGACCAAGUGUGGCUCAGCAAUUUCUAGCUGCGACGUCUCUCGACGGGCUGUGGGUGGCGAAAAAACUGAUGAUCAGGGGUGGGCCCCCGUCUCCCUGGCCCAAGACACUGCCGUGUUGCCUCCUAGUACCCCAUCGAGAAUCGACAUUCCCAUCUCAUUUUACCAUCUGUGUGGGAUCGAUGUUCUGGAGGCUGGGAUAAUCCAGACUUCCUGAUGGGCAGGUAUCCUUUCCUAGUACCCUCCGGCCGUGCCCCCUUCGCUACCAGCACCCCUCCCCGGCGGCGUCGCUGGAUGGAGACCCCAUUGUGCAUCUCCACGCCCCGUCAGGUCAGGGCUUCUGCUUAAAAGGUCCUCGAGCCAGGAUGCUCCUGCCUGUCCUCAAGUGGACAGGUGCUUGUCAAAGACCCUUUCCUCUCGUUUUUUUUCGCCCCAUCUCUCCACUGUCCCCGUCCCAUGUCAUGCCAUGCGUCGGACACUUGAAAAAUUGAUAGACACUGAGCUGCCCCAGACCGGACCGGACUGGUCCUCACAGACAAUUUGGCCACCCACCUAAACCAAUGCGGUACAUAUGUAUAUCGCUUGUCGUCAUCUUCCCCUACCUAUCUCCUCCCGUAGCCCGCCCAGCGUCCGCCCCAACGCCCGCCUGACCAGUCCCCUUCCCACCAUCGACAUUUCUAAAACAAACCCGUCUAGAUCGUCACUGGAUCAUCAUUGAUGCGUGCUCCAUCCCCUCCACGCAAACGAUCGGCCUUUUCCACACGUGCUGAUAUAAUCUGGUCCUAAAGUGUCACCCACCUUUUGCCUCGACAAGUGACCACGGGAAAUAGUAAUUACUCGACGGCAAACGCUAGGCCCCGGCUAUCCGCCGUCUGUUGUGGCGAGAUCUGCUCUGUGUUCUGUCGCCCCGGAGCUACCUCCGGAUCACAGUACCAGACCCCUUCCAGACCGCCUAGGGGCUCAGCAAUCACAGCUCUUCCUCGAGUCCGCCGCUCGCUUGCGCUCCAGCCACACUUCUCUCUUUCCUGGUUCAACUGGGCCGAGUUGCUCGCAUAUGCUCCGUACGGUGCCAAACCCACAGGAAUCUGGCGCCUCUCGCCUCUUCGGCACCGCAGAGUAGCAAAAAAGGUAUUCAAGGAAGCCGCGCUCCCUCCUCCAGCCACAACCUGCCUCAUCAUCCCCCAGUCUCAGCUUUGUUGCCCCUGUGGAGACAAGGCACCUGGCGGCUCCUCCUUCCCGGGGCCCCUGCUACUGGGACAUCGUCUUAACUUCCGGGCCUGUCACAGCGUACCCUCGACGGGCACCAGGCCACGAGUCUCUGCACUACGACAGGGCUAAAAAGGACGCUAUACCACCGCCCUUGAGGUACCGAAACAUCAACAACCGUUAUUUGCCUCUGCAAAGUCCUUGGCCUUUAAGACUGUCUUCCAUUCGUUUUGUACAUACACAGAGUCUAGGACGUCCGGCGAGAGCUUCAACCGGCGGCGAUCCAAUGAGUUCCGCCAGUGAUCUGCCAGCAAGCGCGUUCCUUCAAUCAGCUCCUUUAGAGCCCCAAAAGUCUACCAGCCAGGGCAGCCAAGGCAUUGACACACUGCAAGCGUACACGAAUCAGCUCUACGGUCACCACCAGCCAGCUUUUAACUCGCUCUCUGAGAUGGCACAACCGCAAAUACCCGCCCGACCGGGCCCGUACAACAUGGCAUCACUGGCAAACGCUCUACCACAGCCUCAUUACAGACAGGCCCCCGUGAAUAACUCGCAGCUGCGUUACAACCCUUCCGGAGCUUCGCCAAACAUGCUCGGGCAGACGCAGCCCAUGCAUCAGUAUGGCGGCCAGGGAGCCAUGAGCCAGAUGCCGACCCAUGCGUACUACAUGCAGCAGCAACCGCAAAUGUCGCCGUACUACAGCUCUCCCAUGUCGCCCUCCCAGCCCCAGUCAAGCAUGUCACCGAGGACCAGCAUGCCGAGCAUGCCUUACUACGGCAACCAGCUCAUGGGAAACCAGCAGCAUCACUCCACGAUAGGUUUCUUCUAUCCUCAAAUGGCCCCUUUCCAUGCGCACGCGCAAGGACCUCAUAACCAAACGAUGGUCGGCCCUUACAUGCCUGUUCCAGGCUCCCAACCUGAACUAAGGCCUGGACCUCAACAAGUUGGCGAAGGCGCGAGCGGCGGCUCCUUUGCUGCCACACAGGAAACGAAGAAUGGCUCAAGCGAUAGCCAGUCCAACGUGGUCCGCGGGCCUCCUCGAAAGCCCCGACAAAGCGGCCAUGCUAUUUGGAUUGGUAACUUGCCGUCUCAGACAGACUUGAUGAGUCUUGUUCAUCAUGUCUGCAAGGAAGCAGAGGGUCUUGAGUCUUUAUUCUUGAUCUCGAAGUCUAACUGCGCUUUUGCGAACUAUAAAGACGAGGUCAGCUGCUUGGCCGCACAGCAAAAACUCCACGAGUCCAAGUUUCAAUCCGUGAGACUUGUAAGCAGACUUCGGAAGAAUACCGUCGAAGGUGUGUCUGGAAUCACGGCACCAACCGGCCCGUCGGCUGCGACACCUCACCAUAUUCCCCUGCCGGAGCCCAAAGAAACCGCGCCCGCCACCACUACAGAAGCUGAGCCAAGCAGCUCCGAGAACGGAACACCAUCGGUCUCGAGCGCUCAGGAGACGAAGAUCUCCCCCACCGCAGUCGACGGAUCCGCACAGAAGGACAAGUUCUUCGUUUUGAAGAGCCUAACGGUCGAGGACCUCGAACUAAGCGUACGGACGGGUAUCUGGGCUACCCAAGCUCAUAACGAAGAGAACCUGAACAAAGCCUUUAAGACGGUGGAAAAUGUUUACCUCGUCUUCUCUGCGAACAAGUCCGGUGAAUACUAUGGCUACGCUCGAAUGGUUUCCACUAUCAACGAAGACCCAGCUGCGGCGAUAGAGUUCGCCCCGAAGGUCCAAUCCGUGAGCGACGUGGACUUGCCGAAGGAGAUUCCAACCGAACCGACGGAUUCUACACCUAAGGGACGUAUUAUCGAUGAUUCAGCGCGAGGCACAAUCUUCUGGGAGGUUCUCCGCGAGGAUCCUGAUAACUCGGAAGCCGACGAGGCGGCGGCAGUCGGUAUAACUACCGAGCUAGACGCCGAGUCGAGCUUCAGCGGUGAUCUCGGCCCAGAAAACAAGACUUGGGGCAAGCCCUUCAAGCUCGAAUGGUUAUGCACAACCAGACUCCCAUUCUACCGUUGCAGAGGCCUGCGCAACCCUUGGAAUUCAAACAGAGAAGUCAAAAUUGCCCGAGACGGCACGGAGCUUGAGCCGUCCGUCGGCCGGCGACUCAUAGGACUCUUCAACAAGAACCUCAACGCCCCGGCACCCAGAGGCCCGAUGGGGAUGGGGAUGGCGCCCGUCCCGCUGUCCAUGCCGCCACAGCAGCAGCCAAUGGCGCUCAUGGGAUACCCGCCCACUUACCAAUAGGAUGUGACCCGAGGGCUUCCCGCGAUUUGAGCUCAAAUCCAAUCACACGAUGUUUUUAUUCGAUUCAAAGGACCGGUCUCUGGCAGCGACCCUCGUAUUCUCAAAAGCUUAGGCACCGGCUUUGAUUUCAGGCAGGAGAGCUCAUGGGCGCGUCCAUGAGGUCUUGAGCAUAGCUGUUUGCACGUAAUCUCCAACUGGAUUGGUGUGGAGGAGCUGGAGUGAGCAGAGCCUCGAUUUAAUAUGCAGGUUAAUGGUAGAAAGGGCCGCUGCUGGAUGCACAAUUUCUAUUUCGUGUGAACAAGGGGUGUUUAAAAAAAGGUUGGCGGCGUUUGAUAUCUCAGACGGGUUUCUGGGAUGUCACUUGUCUAUGAGUAUAGCAUCGCCUCAAGAUACCGACAAUAUCCCAUCUUGAGACAUCAAAGAUCAUUUCUGGCCGACCACAUAGGUCCCGCGAGCCUGGAAGCUGCGGUCUCGAAACCGACUUGUCGCCACCUGCUGUCCCCGAUGACUUGUGGGAUUUUUUGCCUCCUGUGGAACAUCAUCGCAUGUCGUCCGACCCUGCCGAAGCUUAACCGUUGGGCUGUCAACGGGAGGCGAACUCGGCUAACAAACUCUAUUUCUUCGCAGCCCCACAAGUCUUCCCGGUAUUCCAGACUGGAUGAUGCAGUUCGCAGGGAUCCAGGUCUCGGUAAAAGAGAGGCGAACAUAUGAUCUUCAGGCGUGCAAGCGUUGCUAUGAGGGACCAGCUAUUUAUUACAUUUGUAUUUUGGUGUUCUAGGAAGAGCUUCGACCAAGUAGAUACGUGUACUCACAAAGCAUUUCUUUCAUUCG